AUGCUUCUCUUCACACAGACCUGGUUCUCAAGAUGUCAUUUUAAGUAUAGUAAGUAUUUAUGCACUGUAGUAUCUCAGUUUUUCCUUGUAAGUGGCUCACAUCGUCUUUAGGAAUCGCUGAACCAACAAAUGGAUCUCUAUAUUCGAGAAAAUGAUACGCUUCGUCGCGAUAAUGACAAUCUGAAACGGGAUAUUGAGCGACUCAGAAAGACUGUGCAAGCCGCACCGGCAACGAAUAGCCGCUCAGGUACUUUGCCUCCUUCUCAGGACCCUGCUGCUUCGACGCCUCAAAAGUGAGGCUUAAUAGUAGAUAUCUCUGAGGGUAGUCCGUUGCCUUAAACACAUCUUACUAUAUUCUUGAUAAUCCCUCAAUUAUAAUAUAUAGAAAUGUAUUGCCCGUGAUGAUAGAUCAUGAAUUACAAAUAUUAUAUAUGCAAUACAUACCACCUACUUUUCUCUAGCCCGAUACA